AUGAGCAACAACGAGGAUGCCGCCAUCAGCGACCUUUGUCGCAAGAUUGAGCGCGAGAAGACCCUGAUCGCCGGCUUCAACUCCAUGCGACAGGCCACAAACAACAGCCAGGUCAACUCGCGUAUUGACUCGCAGGUUCGCGAUGCCCAAAGGAACCUCAAGUACUUCGAAAAGACCCUGCAAGAUCUGCAGUCUCGCAAGCUGGGAGAUCACAUGUCCAACAUGAAUCUCAACAACGACGCAGGCCCGCCGCCGCCCUCGCACCAAGACGACCAACAAGACCCUGGUAGCUACGGAGCUCCCGGUCCUGGCGGAUACAGCCAGGGCGGCGGCAACGGUCUGAUGCCUCCUCGCGCACCUUACGCCCCUCCGGCACCCGGUCAAAACGCUCUCAAGAACAGGCCCAAUUACAGCCGACUGGACCUCAUCAAGGCCGAAACACCUCAUCUCGGCCCGCGCAUCCAGCUCAUGCUGUCACAACUCGAGUUCAAGCUGAGCGUCGAGAAACAGUACAAAGAUGGUAUCGAGAAGAUGGUACGCUUGUACCAGCUCGAAGGAGAUCGCAAGAGCAGGGCUGAAGCGGAAGGUCGUCGCAUCGAGAGUAGCCAAAAGAUUCACCUUCUCAAGCAGGCUUUGAAGCGCCACGAAGACUUGCACGUCGCCGACAUCAGCACCGACAUGCAAGACGACGACAGUCUGAAUAUCCCCAGUCAGCGCAAACCCCUCAGCGGAUACCUAUCUAUUCGCAUUCAGGCCAUUGCCGACGUCGAUCAUGCCGCGACGGGUAGAUUCUCGCGCGGCCCAGAGACAUUCGUCAUUCUCAAGGUCGAGGACAGCUUCAAGGGCCGCACCAAGGCUACACGAACGGAUCGCUGGACCGAUGAGCAACACGACUUCGACAUUGACAAGGCCAACGAAAUCGAGUUGACAGUAUACGACAAGGCAGGCGAACACCCCAUGCCAAUUGGUAUGUUGUGGGUACGCAUCUCGGACAUUGCAGAGGAAAUGCGUCGCAAACGCAUUGAGACCGAGGUUAAGAACUCUGGUUGGAUCUCUGCAGACCACAUGGGCGACUCGGGUGCGCGCCCCGACAUGCAAUUCUCUCCUCCUCCUGGAAGCUCUGGUGCAGGCUCUGCACAUGCCGGACAGCAAGGUCCUUCAGGUGGCUUUGGAGGCGGUCCGACACCAUUGACCAACCCUGUUGUCAUUGACGACUGGUUCUCGCUUGAGCCUGUCGGCAAAAUCAAGCUCAACUUGAGUUUCGGUUUACCAUUCGACGUUGGGCUUGGGCGCAAGGGCGCUGUCCGUCAGCGCAAGGAAGACGCCGUCGAGCAAUACGGCCACAAGUUUGUGCAGCAGACUUUCUACAACGUCAUGCGCUGCUCGCUGUGCGGUGACUUCCUCAAAUACACGGCCGGUAUGCAGUGUUCGGACUGCAGACUGACAUGCCACAAGAAGUGCUAUCCAAGCGUCGUCACAAAGUGUAUCAGCAAGUCCAAUGCCGAAUCCGAUCCUGACGAGGAGAAAAUCAACCACCGCAUCCCUCAUCGUUUCGAAGCCUUCUCCAACAUGGGCGCCAAUUGGUGCUGCCACUGUGGUUACAUGCUGCCACUCGGAAGAAAACAAGCUCGCAAGUGUACCGAGUGUAGUUCGACAUGCCACAACAACUGUAUCCACUUUGUCCCAGACUUCUGCGGCAUCUCGAACGAGAAAGCCAACGAGAUUUUGGGAGAGAUCCGCAGAGCAACAAAGGGUCGCCAGGGCACCAGCAUGUCGGAGCGCAAGUUGCGUCCUGGUACUGCAAGCAGUGUCAGACCCCCAGCUCAACCCUCUCAGCCUUCCUACAUGCCUACGCCUUCUCACCAGGAUCAGGCCUCGAACCCCCAGGAUAGGCCGCUCUCCUAUGGUAAAGACCGCAUGUCCGACGCAUACGACGCCCCUCCUCCGCGAACCUCGCAAUACGGUGCUCCCGCUACCUCGGUCGACGCUGCUCGUGCAUCUUUCGCCGCUCCUCCAUCUCCUCAACAACCAGAAGCUCGUCCACCACCCGCUCACCGUCAAUACUCGUCUCAGUCUGCUGCAGCUGCAGCCGCCGCCGCUCUGUCAGGCAAGCGUUCGUCCGCUGCAGAACAACGAAUUCCACCAUACAACCGCACUUCUACCGACUACCAGAAGCAGCAACAACAAUUACAACAGCAGCAGCAACAGCAGCCGCAGCAGCCGAGCCAAAGAAGCUCCACCUCAUCCAGCAGUACCGAGCAAUAUCCCCAGCAGAGGAACUCUCAGCCACAGCCUGCAGGCUACAAUCCAGCAGACUAUGCUGCUGUCAGUGGUUUCCCAGUUCAGCCUCUUCAGCAACCUCCUCAACAAGCUCAACCUCCUCGCCAGCAGUAUCCUCCAGCCUCAGCUCCCACUCCACCUCCUACCACUACACCCACAUCACCACCAAGCAAGACUGCAACAUCCAUGGGACCUCCUGCAAGAAAAACUCAAGGUGGCAACGUCCGUGUUGGUCUCGAUCACUUCAACUUCCUUGCUGUCCUUGGUAAAGGUAACUUCGGUAAGGUCAUGCUCGCCGAGACAAAGCAGUCCAAGCAAUUAUAUGCCAUCAAGGUUCUGAAGAAGGAGUUCAUCAUUGAGAACGAUGAAGUUGAGAGCACAAGAUCAGAAAAGCGUGUCUUCUUGAUCGCCAACAAGGAGAGGCAUCCUUUCCUAACCAACCUCCAUGCUUGUUUCCAAACCGAGACCAGAAUCUACUUUGUCAUGGAGUACAUCAGCGGUGGUGAUCUGAUGUUGCACAUCCAGCGUGGCCAAUUUGGCACCAAGCUCUGUCUGGCGCUGAAGUACUUCCACGAGAACGGUGUCAUCUACCGUGACUUGAAGCUUGACAACAUUCUCUUAACUCUGGACGGUCAUAUCAAGAUUGCUGAUUAUGGUCUCUGUAAAGAAGACAUGUGGUACGGCAGCACGACUAGCACAUUCUGCGGUACUCCCGAGUUUAUGGCGCCUGAGAAAUACGGCCGUGCUGUCGAUUGGUGGGCCUUUGGUGUCCUCAUCUACCAGAUGCUUCUUCAACAAUCUCCAUUCCGAGGCGAGGACGAAGACGAAAUCUACGAUGCCAUUUUGGCAGACGAGCCCCUCUAUCCCAUCCAUAUGCCGCGCGACUCGGUAUCAAUUCUUCAAAAGCUCCUCACACGCGAACCCGAGCUCCGUCUUGGCAGUGGACCAACAGAUGCUCAAGAGAUCAUGAGCCAUCCCUUCUUCAAGAACAUCAACUGGGAGGACAUUUAUCACAAGCGUGUGCCUCCACCAUUCUUGCCCACUAUCAAGGGCAAGGCUGAUACCAGCAACUUCGACUCUGAGUUUACAAGCGUAACUCCUGUGCUCACACCUGUACAGUCCGUCUUGACCCAAGGCAUGCAGGAAGAGUUCAGAGGAUUCUCAUACACUGCCGAUUUCGUUUGA